GCGGCGCGCGCCCCCACCUCUCCCUUCCGUCGCGAGGAGCCGGUGGAAGACACAGCACAGGAUAUAUUUCCCGCUCUGGAACGACUAGAUCAUACGCGAAGACCGCUACCGCCGAUCUGCGUUAAUUUUGAAGACAUUUAGGGGGGCAUGUAUUUAAAACAAUUGUUUGCUUAUUUUUUCUUCCACAGUUGACAGUUAGAAAAAAAAGCCAGCUAAACCGAUGCCCUUUCUAAACGGAAAUAUUUAACCGACUCUUGGAUUGCGGGUUAUUAUAGAUCCUAAGCGCUAGCGAAUCGGUUCCCCUGCCAGCGGAGUGUUACGUAACAGCGAGGCUUCAGCUAGCCGAGGUGCUGAACUGAACGGUGCUAGACUACCCGGGCGAGCCGAGGGGAACCAUAACCUUGCGUCACGGGCCUAUUCAUCGGAGGGAAUCGUAGAGGACCGAGCAUCGGACUCAGUGUCAAAAAAAGGAAGCAAGCGGGGCUACCAAUCUCCCAUCUUUAUUCAUCGUUCCUCGGAAGAAUAUUCAUCGCUGAGUCGGUCGAUUCCACGGAGAGAAAAUGUCGGGGCAAACGCUCACAGAUCGCAUUGCCGCUGCGCAAUAUCAGCUAACGGGAUCCGAUAUGGCCCGUGGUGUCUGCAAAGCCACCACUCACGAGGUGAUGGCGCCCAAGAAGAAGCACCUGGAGUAUCUGGUGGGUGCCACCAACGCCACCAACGUGAACAUCCCCCAGAUGGCGGACACUCUGUUUGAGAGAGCCACCAACGCCAGCUGGGUGGUUGUCUUCAAGGCUCUCGUCACUAGCCACCACAUGUGUGUCCAUGGCAACGAGAGGUUCAUUCAGUACUUGGCCUCCAGGACCUCUCUGUUCAACCUCAGCAACUUUAUUGACAAAACCGGUUCACACGGAUACGACAUGUCCACAUUUAUCAGACGGUAUGGACGCUACCUGAACGAGAAGGCCUUUGCAUAUCGCCAGAUGGCAUUUGAUUUCACAAAGGUCAAGAAGGGGGCGGAUGGCGUGAUGAGGACCAUGACCACGGAGAAGCUGUUGAAAGGCAUGCCCGUGCUCCAGACCCAGAUCGACACGUUGCUGGAGUUUGAUGUUCAUCCUAAAGAACUGAACAACGGAAUCAUCAAUGCAGCGUUCCUGCUGCUCUUCAAGGAUCUGGUGAAACUGUUUGCUUCCUACAAUGACGGUGUCAUCAACCUAUUAGAGAAAUAUUUCAAGAUGAAGAAGGGCGACUGUAAGGAGGCUCUGGAGAUCUACAAGAGGUUCCUGACCAGAGUGACCAAGAUCGGGGAGUUCAUGAAGAUGGCCGAGACUAUUGGAGUCGACAAGAAUGACAUUCCUGACAUCAACUAUGCUCCCAGCAGCAUCCUGGAGUCCCUGGAGACACACAUGAACGGCCUGGAGGACGUGAAGGGGGGGAAGAAGGGGUCUCCAUCAAAGGGCUCCCCUACAAACAAUGUGUCCCCCACUUCCACUCCGGCCAAAUCCUCCAACGCCGUCCCCACACUGCAGCCCCCGCCUGGGGAGGCCGCCGGUGCCGCCGCCGCCGCCGCCGCCGCUGCUCCAGAACCAGUCGAGGACUCUCUGUUGGACCUGGAUCCUCUCUCCUCCUCAGGUCCAUCUGGACCCUCAGCAGCUCCUACUUCCUGGGGCGAUCUCCUGGGUUCAGAAAUGGGCGACUCCUUGUUAUCCGAACCCACCCUCACGGCUGAGGCCGCGCCCCCCUCCGCCGGGGCCACGCCCACUCCUGCCCCCACACCGACAGCAGCAGCAGCAGCAGCAGCAGCAGUAGCAGCAGUAGCAGCAGACACCGGAGUCUCCCUAGCCCCUCCCACUAGCACGGCAGCUGUCGCCUCCUCCUCUUCCCCCAGCAACGCCAAUAUGGAUCUGUUAGGAGAUGCCUUCUCCUCACCGGCCCCUGCAGCCCAGACCCCUGCAGCCCAGGCCCCCGCCACAGCUGACGGCGGGGCCCCUGCCCCCCCACCAGCCGCCGGCGCUGCAGCUGAUAUGUUCGAUGCAAUGCCAGACACGAACGUCUCCGGGGCUGAAGCCGCUCCCAGUGUGGAUCUUUUUGCAGCAGGGGAUAUGUUCUCCUCUCCCGCCCCCAACCUCUCGUCCACAACUCCCUCCAAAAUGGACAGUGGCGCCAUCAUGAAUCUGUUUGGUGCGUUCCCAGGUUGACUGUUAACCCCUUCUGUGCCCUCCAUGCUGCAUCCGGAAACGGCCACGGACACUUUUUUAUUUUUUUAUUUUAAUUUUUUCGCCGCGUUCUGGUUGGCUGGCCAGAACCCGCGGGGGCCGAAGCCACACCCCUGCGCCCGCGGGCCCAGGUGCCGAGCUGAUGUCAGGAGACGUCAUGAAGCCAGCCGUCACCCCACAAGCCGCUGACCUUGAUGCCACCAUGGCUAGCAUGGCGGGGAAUCUCUCGCUUGGAGCCCAACCUACUCAGAUGUCCCCGGGGGUCACCCAGAGCCCUAGGAGGCCCCCUCCCCCCCGAAACGCCCUGGACGACCUCAACAUUAAAGACUUCAUGUAGUCUGCUACCCAGAAAGCCCCCCUAAAGAGGUUGUCGUGUCUGGAGCUCUGCAGCUGUGGAUGUGUGCGCCUCCCCCUUACUGCCUUCCCCCUCGUUCCAGACCACCCCAAUCCCCCCCCUCCUCUCAGCUAUACAUCAGCCAUCAGCUUACACAGCCCCUUAACUUAAACCCCCCCUCACCCCAUCAAAUGUUGUAGCACAACCGUGAAUGUGAACCCUAGAUACAGAAAAGAAUAUUAUUCUGUUUAACGUGUGUGUAUGUGUGUGAGUAUGGGUGUACCUCAGUGUUAAUCUUUGCUUAGUAUAUUAUGAUGUAAAAAACAAAAAAAAACAACCCCCAAAAAAAUGACCCCCAUUGUAUUUAGAUUCAUUCUGGGUUUAUGUGUAUCAGGUGACUUUUUGAAUGGUGGACAUGUGUUUAGUUUCAUUUACGCAUCUUCCCAGCCGAGGACUUUGUUAAAUGUGGACUGAGUAUGGUGUGUGUGUGUGUGUGUGUGGUGUGUGUGUGUGUGGUGUGUGUGUGUGUGUUGUGGUGUGUGUGUGUGUGUGUGUUUGUGUGUGUGUUGUGUGGUGUGUGUUGUGUGGUGUGUGGUGUGUGUAUGUAUAUACCUCACUGGCCAAUCCCCACCGUUUCCCUUGUCAUUUGACCUAAUGGUGAGCUAUGUUCAUGACAUCAAUAAACACAUAGAUGUUCUUCUGUGA